UCGCACCAACAUAAAAAAGGUUGUGCCCAACUUUAAAGGUUCUCAAUUUUAAGAUAAUAAUGAUAAACAAUUUAAACUCCAAAUCCAAUCUGUCAUUUUUUGAAAUUAAUAAUCUGUCAUUUAUUAAAUUCAACAAAAAUCAGAAUAAUUGGCGAAUUCUAUCAGCUGCUAACCAUUUAAGGAUAUAUCUCAAGUUCACAACUGUAAAUUUGGGUGACGAACCUUCGAGGAAACUGCUCUCCCGAUUUGACAAACCCAUUUUCAAGAAAUCGAGUAUUGCAAUUUGCAAAUAAUCAUCUCGUUUCUUCUAUUAUACUAUAAUAUAUAUAUCAUCACUACACGUUUUUUUCCCAUCAUACCCAUGAUCUAAACGUUGAAUUGAUCAUCAACGUUUAGAAAGAAAUCGCCGGCUUCAAUAAGGGAUCAACGAAAAACUCUGUUUUUCAAUCUUCAAUUGGACGAUUUCUUGUUGGGUUUGAUUGGGUUAAUGCAGUUUUCAGGAGUUUGUCAUGAUUAUUGAUCGGUAGGGUUUAAUUUGUUCGUCCCCAAAUUCAUGCAUCUGUUCAUUGGAUUAUCGUGAUCUUCGAAUUCGACUGAAAUUACAGCUGGGUCUUUUUCUUUGAGCUAGAUUCUUUCUGCUUAGAUUGAUUUCUGUUUUAUGCAAGAAUCAAGAUAGUUGGAUAAAUCUCUGAUACAAAUGGGUAAAGGAGAGCUAGGCAUAGACACCGAGAUAGAUGAAAUUGAGGGCGAAUCGUCUUCACGUGUUCGUAUCGAUGAAGUGCGCCCCUUUCGAACACGCUACCCUGGUUUAGUUAGAUUGAAAGCCUACAUAUUCGAUGGAUUAGGGGAUUACUACAAUAAAGAAUGGGAUCUUUUGGAGGGUAAUGACAAAGAAUUUUGUUGGUAUCAUGUUGAAAUCCCCAAAGGGAAUCAAAAACUUUCGCAAUCUGCUCAAUAUCUUAUUGAUGUUCUUUGUCCUCCAUUAAAACUACAAGACAUUCUUUCUUUAAUUAGCAAUGGACCAUAUUGUGGGCAUGUCGAUGGGGCACUUGUAUUUAGGGUCAAUUCACCAGGUCCACCUUCUAGCAAGUUUACGUUUAGAUUAGCUGCUAGGGUUACUGAGAAUUCUGUGAUUACAGUGUCACUAGGGCGAGUGCCUAGAUUAGGGUUUUCUCCUGUUGGUCAAUCUCUUUUAUCUGAAAUCCCAAGUGUGGAGAGUCCAAGUGCUAAACAAAGUGGGUCAUCGGAAAAUGAUGGUUUUGUGAUCAAAGAACAUGUUCUUGAGUUCUUGUUGACCAUGAAUCAUUCUGAGGAGGCAGACAAUCCUGUUCCUAAAUCGGUUUCUAAUUUGGUUGUUCAUAUUGUUGAUACUCAUGUGGAUCAUCUUGAGGAUGUUGUUACUAAACUUGAGAUCGAGCUUGAUUCUGUAGAAGUUGAUUUGGAUAAAGGUGGUUUUUACUUGAAGAAACAGCUGUUGGAUGAUAGAAGAUUCCCUAAAAUGCAUCUAGACUUGCAACGCCUCUUGCAGGUGAUUACACAUGGAGAACAAGUGUUUCCAAGAGUGAAGGAAAAAUGUUCAGCAAAAGAUUGGUUUGCUAAUGAAGACAUCAAUUCCCUUGAAGAGUUAAUCAGACGAUUGAAAAGAUUAAAAGAUAAUGUUGGUUUUAUCUCCAAUCGUGUGACAGCUGUACAGGCUGGACUUGACAGCUGGCAGGCAGAGCAAAUCAACAGAAAACUCUACUAUCUCUCAUUCCUCUCCAUCAUAUUCCUUCCUCUCUCCAUCAUCACAGGAGUUUUUGGGAUGAAUGUGGGAGGGGUGCCAUGGACAGGACAAAGAGAUCCAAAGAUAGCAGAUGGAUUCAGAAACGUGAUGUUGGUUUGUGUGGCAACUUUAGCUCUUGUGUUGUUAUCCUUCUUGUUUCCUUUUCUUUAUAGCCGAAUAACUGCUUGGAGAAAACAAAGAGCUUUGAAAAGAAGCUGGUCGCUUAACAAGAGGUCUUUCCUCAGAAGAACUGGUGGAGAAAGAGGAGGUUACCUUCGCCUCUGAGAGUAUGUUAGCUGUUUGUAUAUCACGUUUUUCUGAAUCACAUGUAUAAUCCAAUAGUAAUACUUUUUCGAUGGUUUAAUCUUGUGAAUAGUUGGUGCAUAACAAGUUGGGGUUUUUUGUGCA